UUGCAGUGUUGUUUUUUCACCAUUUCAUGUCUAGCUUAGCUAUGCCUGCCAAAAGCUUAACCACAGAUCAAUCUGCUCUUCUUCAAUUCAAAACACAUAUCACUUCCGAUCCUUACCGUGUGUUGGCGUCUAAUUGGUCCAUUUCUAAUCCAGUCUGCCGAUGGGUUGGAAUUUCUUGUGAUGCUCGCCAUGGAAGAGUCAAAACCUUGAAUCUUUCAUCAAUGGAUCUUGGAGGCACCAUUCCUCCGCACCUAGGUAAUCUCUCAUUCCUUGUGAAUCUUGACCUUGGUGACAAUAAUUUCCAUGGUCAUCUGCCCAAUGAACUGGGACAAUUACGCCGAUUGAGAGGCUUUUAUAUCGGCAACAAUAAAAUAAGUGGAGUUGUUCCAACAUGGAUUGAUAGCUUAUCUAAAAUCCACUUUUUGUAUCUUUAUAAUAACAGUUUUACCGGUACCAUCUCACAUUCUCUCUUCAAUUUAACAACGCUAGAGGUCUUAAGACUACAAGGCAAUAAUAUCGAAGGAAAUGUACCAUCAGAGAUUGGGAAGCUCACCAAUUUGAAAAUUUUCCACAUGGCAAGAAACCACCUUUCGGGCACCAUACCUUGGAGUAGCAUGGGCAACAUUUCCUCAUUACAAAGUCUUAGUUUAACCAACAAUAGCUUGUCUGGCAGUCUGCCUGAUGAUAUUUGCAAUCAUCUUCCAAACCUUGAAUCACUUACUUUAUCCCUCAAUAGACUUUCCGGCCAGCUUCCGACGAGUUUAGGUGAUUGCAGCAAGCUUCAUACAUUGUCAUUGUCACAUAAUAAAUUCACAGGACACAUACUACAAACUGUUGGAAAUUUGAGUGAGCUUAUCCUUUUGUAUCUUAAUGACAACAACCUAGCAGGUGAAAUUCCGCGGGAGAUUUACAACUUGCAAGGUCUACAGUCUCUAGCUCUCGGUUCCAAUAGUUUAACUGCUGGUCUCCUCCCGUCAAGUAUCUUCAAUAUUUCUUCUUUGGAGUUAAUUCAUCUUGGCAACAGUGGCCUAAUCGGUAGUCUCCCAACGGAUAUCUGCAAUCAUCUUCCAGCACUUCGGCACCUUAGACUUUCUCGUAAUAUGAUCAGCGGCACUAUUCCAAAGAAUAUCAACAACUGUACUUCCCUAGAAUUUUUUUGUCUGGAUGAAAAUCGCCUGACAGGUGAAAUUCCAGACGAGAUUGGGAAUUUGCAGAGUCUACGACACUUGGCCCUAGGUUCCAAUGGCUUAACUGGUAUAAUUCCAACAUCAAUCUUCAAUAUUUCAACCAUAGAAGAAAUUGAUCUAUCCCUGAAUAACCUUUCGGGCUGUCUACCAUCAAGCUUUGGCCAAUGGCUUCCGAACCUCGUGCGUCUUACCAUAGGGCGCAAUAAACUUACUGGAACAAUCCCCAACUCCAUCUCCAAUGCUUCCAAACUCACUUUCGUAAGUCUAGGCGAAAACUCAUUUUCUGGCCUUAUUCCAAAUACAUUUGGCAACUUGAGACUCCUUAAAUUGCUUAGCCUUGCGGGAAAUAACUUGACCACUGAAUCACCCACUACAGAAUGGAGUUUUCUCUCUUCUUUGACAAAUUGCAGAGAACUUGAAAUUCUUUACUUAGAUUGUAAUCCAUUGUAUGGCGUCCUUCCCCUUUCAAUUUGGAAUAUAUCUGCAAAUCUUGAAUAUUUUGAAGCAAGGAAUUGCAGAAUCAAGGGCAGCAUUCCUGUAGAAAUUGGUAACUUGCAUAGCUUGUUGGUUUUAGACCUUUCGAUGAAUGCUUGAAUGGAUCUAUUCCAGCAACUGUGGGAAGAUUACCCAACCUCCAAGGUCUAGACCUCAGAAAUAACAAUUUGCAGGGAUCCAUUCCAUAUGAGCUUUGUAACUUAGAGAAUUUCUAUGAAUUAUACUUA